UCAAAUGAGGUGAGAUGAUGGUAAAGGCAGCGCCAGCACCAGCACCAGCCCCAGCACCAUCCUCGCCCCUGCUGGUCCUAUCUAUGCCUCUGACCUGCCAUUUUAUUAUUUGGUGAAUUCCUAAUUGCUAAUUUCUCCCUAGCCAAUAGAGAUUAGAACACAUCUCCAUUAAUAAACCAGAAAUAUCCAUAAAAAACACCUAACAACAACCAUAAUGUAUAGUUACAUGCUUGUAAAUUGUUCCAAAUGCCAGACUCCGCUCCAGCUACCCCCGGGUGCCGAAUCCAUCCGCUGUGUUAUCUGUCAAGCUGUAACUCACGUCGCUGUCCACUCUCGCCAUGCUCCUCCACCAUCAAACCCCACCACUCGUCCUCCUCCUUCGACGCUCGCACCACCGUCCCCCUACAACCACGCGCCACCGGGCCCUCCACCAAACCAACACGGAAGAAAAAAGGCAGUUAUUGUUGGGAUUUCGUACAAGUACUCGAGGCACGAGUUAAAGGGGUGUAUCAAUGAUGCAAAGUGCAUGCGUCAUCUUUUGAUGAGCAAGUUUCAGUUCCCUCAAGAUUCUAUUCUCAUGUUAACUGAAGAAGAAACUGACCCCUACAGAAUUCCCAACAAACAAAACAUGAGGAUGGCAUUAUUUUGGCUUGUACAAGGUUGUCAACCUGGAGAUUCCUUGCUUUUUCACUAUUCUGGACAUGGUUCAAGGCAAAGAAAUUAUAAUGGUGAUGAGGUUGAUGGGUAUGAUGAAACUCUAUGUCCACUUGACUUUGAAACUCAAGGUAUGAUUGUUGAUGAUGAAAUCAAUGCAACAAUUGUCAGACCUCUUCCUCAUGGUGUUAGGCUUCACGCAAUGAUUGAUGCUUGCCAUAGUGGCACUGUAUUGGAUCUACCCUUCCUUUGCAGAAUGGACAGGAACGGGCAGUAUGUAUGGGAGGACCAUCGUCCGCGAUCAGGUAUAUGGAAAGGGACAAAUGGUGGAGAUGUCAUUUCUUUAAGUGGUUGUGAUGACGAUCAAACCUCUGCUGAUACAUCUGCUUUAUCAAAGAUAACUUCGACAGGUGCAAUGACCUUUUGCUUCAUCCAAGCCAUUGAGCGUGGACAUGGCACUACGUAUGGGAGCAUUCUAAACUCAAUGCGUACCGCUAUUCGAAAUACUGGUGGUAAUAACCUUGGCGGGGGGGAUGUUGUGACAUCUCUCAUCGGCAUGCUCUUGACAGGAGGCAGUGGUGGUGGUGGUGGGCUGAGACAGGAGCCACAGCUAACUUCUUGCGAGCCUUUUGAUGUUUAUACAAGACCGUUUUCUCUUUAAAGUUCUUUCAUAUUUUUUUUUCAUAUACUUUCAUUGUAAUUCAGUCUAAAGGAAAGGGGUCUUUCUCGUGCUCUUGUAAUUUGUUUGCUGAAAACAUACUGGAGAUAUUGUUCGCGCUUGUAGAACAAGGUUUCUGUCUGACACUCCAUUUUGUUAUAUAUAUAUAGCUUGGUACUGUUAAUGCA